CCCUCAGCAUCAGUGGAAACUCAGCAAGUGCUUCCCCGGCAGCGCAACAUGCCCUCUAAACUCAAUGCCUACUUGCUCUCUGCAGCGAUGCUGCUGUGCGCUCUCGGAGCUCCAGUUGAAAAUGAGCUCAAUAACAGUGAAGCAGGUGACACCUCAGGCGAGGAGUCACGUGAGGGGACAUCUGAGGGUGAACUGCUGAGCAACUCUGAGGUUUGGCGGUUGAUGCUUGGCAUGACUGUACGCCACCAGCAAGAGUUUGAAGGUGAAUUCCAAAAUGUAAUGAAGUAUAGAUUUCUUGACAACUACAAAGUCCCCUCACCUCCAUCAAAAUGCCCUAAGUCCAACUUCAGCAAGGAGGCUUGUCUCCACAGGCUGGCUGAAGGCCUGUACACCUACAUGGUUCUUCUAAAGUAUGUGGAGAAGGAGUACCCCAACAGUUCAAUCCUCUCAGUAGUCAGACAUCACAGUGGGAGUCUGAUGGAACUCAUCAAAGGAAAGAUGAGGAACCGUGAGCUGGUCAAGCCCCUAGACAGCAGCCAGGAGGAGCAGCUGCUGAAGGAGCUCGACAACCCCGACGCUUACCACAGAAAGAUGACUGCACAUCAAAUCCUGCGCCAGCUCCACCACUUCCUUCGCGAUAGCAAAGUGGAAAUUGCUAAAAGAGAGCAGAGCAGGAGAAAUGUGGCCAGCAAGAUCGUUGCACCCACUCAUUCAUAUCACCAAUUAUUACACAGAUGAAAGUGAUUUUUUUUAAAUAAGUUAUGAAAGAAUAUCUCAGGGAAACUGGGUGGUGUUAACGCUCUCCCAGAACUGUUUUUCUUAAGGGGGAAUCAAGUGGCUGCUGUUUCUGCACAAACUGUAGGUACAGUGGCUCUAUAGCAAUCUACUGCCUGUAUGUUUAAUAUCAUGCGUAUGAAAGCUUGAAUCAACCACUAUUGCAUUACUUAUUUAACAUAUUUAUGGUGAAAAGUGUUAUUUAUUAGUUCCAGGAAAAAUCCAUGGCUGUGGGAUGCUUGCACUGAAAAUACAAUUUCGAGAAUCUCGAGAAGAAAUGUUGGUAGUAUUUUUUUAAUAAUUGAAAAAAUUAUUGUAUCAUCUGUUUUUGUCAUUUAUGUUACCUAUAUGACUGUUAACUAUUUAUUUUCAUGUGUAAACUCAUCCCUCUGUUCACACAAUUACAAUGCAAUAAGCCGUGUUUUGAACAAAGGCUACCAGUGAGUAACUUGAAGGAAUAUU